CACAUAACUCUCUUUCUCUUCUCCUCUCUCUCUUUCUCUCUCACAGAACAAAAUGCCAAUAAGCUCACAAGUCUGGACCUUUUUUCUCUGUGAUUUCUCUGGUUGAUCAUGGAGAAGCACAAGUGCAAGCUCUGCUUGAGAAACUUCUCUAAUGGCAGAGCUUUGGGAGGUCACAUGAGGUCUCAUAUGGUGAACCUUCCUGUUCCUCCAAAACUAGAGGAGCCACCACCACCACCAUUAGUUCAGCUCAGCUUCGAGGCCGAGUCUGCUCCGUCUUCUUCGUCAUCGUCAUCCUCAGAAGAAGAAGAAGAAGAGGAUGACAAAGCUCUCUGCUAUGGCCUCAGAGAGAAUCCUAAGAGAAGCUUUCGCCUUGUGGAUCCUGACUUUUCCUUUCCCGUACAAUCCGCCUCUGUAGUUCUUCAAGACAGAGAAAGCGAGACUGAAUCAUCCAAGAAUCCAACUCGAACGAGAUCCAAAAGGGCAUGUAAUAACCAGUUCCAUCAUCAUCAGAAGAAGAUGAAACCCAGUAAUGAUCAUCAUCAUAAUCAUCACCAUCCUCACAACAAGAAUAAUAAGACCGAGUCGUCCUGGGUCGAGCCUGAACCGGUGAGUUCGAUUUCUGAUGCGACCACCGAGGAAGAUGUCGCAUUUUGUCUUAUGAUGUUGUCCAGGGACAAAUGGAAGAGACAAGAGGAAAAGUACGAAGAAGAAGAAGACGAAGAGCAAGAAGAGGAAGACGAAGAAGAAGAAGAGGAAGACGACGAGGAAGACGACGAUGACGGAGAGAGAUCUGUGGAAGAUUCUGAUGAAUUCUACGAGGAGAUGAAAUCAUCAAAGACGCGAUCAGUUCGUGGAAAGUACAAAUGUGAGACGUGCAAUAAAGUGUUUCGAUCAUAUCAAGCAUUGGGAGGUCACAGAGCAAGUCACAAGAAAAUCAAACCGGUCAUAUGUGAACCAGAAAUUGAGCAGGGAAAUGUCCCCAUGGCGGCGGAGAAGAAAAUCCAUGAAUGUCCAGUUUGUUUCAGAGUGUUCGCUUCAGGCCAAGCUCUUGGAGGCCACAAGAGAACGCACGUGACAGGUUCUGCAAUUCGAAUUCCACCAACCAAGUUCGGAGAUAACAACAGUUUGAUAGAUCUUAACCUUCCUGCUCAAGUUGAUGAAGAUGAGAUCAGCCAAAUCGAAAAUUCUGCAGUUUCAGAUGCAGAAUUCCUCAAACACAGCUCACAAAUCAUUGGAGCACAAUUAGCUUGAUUGAUCGAUGAUGUUGAUGAAGAUGAUGAUCCCUAAAGGUAAACAAACAAACAAACAAACAAAAAUUUGAUUGCAAUUUUCAGUUUUUCACAUAUUUGUUCUGUCCUCAGAUUCUAACAGUAAUAAUCCAGUACUUCUGGGUUAUGUUUUGUUUCUGUAACAAAUGACUUAGAGCAUCCAUUAAUGGAGGACAAGGACAGGGACAGGGACAGAUGUUUAUUGUUCUGUAGUUCUGAUUCAAACUUCCACUCUAUUUAUUUAUUUUAUAUAAAAAAAUAUUUGGAGUUUCUGGGAUUUAUCUUUAUGCAGAAGAAUUUAUGAAGAAGCAUGCGCGUUUUAGUGGGCUCUGUUUCAGCUUCCAAGUAAAUAACCCCCCCCCCAGUAACCGUUGUUGUUCCCUUAAUGGUGAAUAUUAAAUAGGAAAGUCAUAGUCACAGGAAGUUCAUAAAUCUUCUGAUAAUAAUUAAUUCAAAAGCAACUUCCACUUCUGAGUACUGUCAUUGUACAGUACAUGAAGAGGAAUCUGUUUUCUGGUUUGGUUAUGAAUAAUUUAACCUUUUCCAGUAGUUUUUAGGCUCAAGGAAGAGGAAAUUCUCUGCCUCUUUCUCAGGCUGUUGCUGGUUUUUCCAAACAGAUCUGCAAAACCAGCAGAGAGAUUACUUAGUGCUGCUGCAGAGAAAUUUAGUGGCUGAAAUUGAAUUAAGUGAGAUUGAAUCUAGUGGUUUUCAUUAGUUUGGAUAUUUUAUUUUCCUGUUCUUUUCUGGGAAAUCUGUAAAAGUCAUAGUGAGGAAAAAGAAAAUUUAAUUGAA